UUUAUAGUCAAAUAUGGCAGCGUCUAUCCCGAUCUAUACAGUUGAUGCCUUUACGGAUGUUCCAUUUGAAGGGAAUCCGGCAGCAGUCUGUCCGCUGACGUGUAAUUCUGAAAUACCUAAUCAUAUUCUCCAGAAAAUUGCUAUAGAAAUGAAUCUUUCAGAAACAGCUUUUCCAAAACUUUUAUCAUCAGAAGAUUCAUUUGAAAAAAGUAGUACGUUUGGGUUGAGGUGGUUUACUCCGAAGAAAGAAAUUAAACUCUGUGGACAUGCAACCCUGGCGACAGCAGCUAUUUUAUUUGAUAAAUUUGGAAAUUCGUCCAGUUCGAUAACAUUUCAGACUUUAAGUGGGGAUUUAAUAGUAAGAAAAAAGGGAGAUUUGUUUCGCAUGGACUUCCCAACAGGAUACACAGAAACACGGGAGUCAGGUGACUAUAAAGAACUGAUAAUGUCUCUUGGUGAUAUUACUGGGGUAGAAGAUGUGGUAUAUUGUUCGUCUUUACGAUAUCUAUUAGUUCGUCUAAAAGAUGGUUGGACAAGAAAACAAUUCGAAGGAUGGCAAUUAAAGAUGGGUGACUUAAGCAAGUCAACUGAUGAACUCGUCGCUUUAAUAGUUACCAUAAAGGGCUCUCCAGAACAAGGAUUUUUUGAUAAAAUGGGAAAUGGUUACGAUUUUGUUUCGCGGUGCUUUGGGCCUUGGAUGAAUGUACCGAAGGAUCCGGUAUGUGGUUCCGCGGAAACGGUUCUGGCUCAUUAUUGGUCUAAGGUGCUGAAUAAGACUAUGUUUAAUGUUCGCCAGUGUUCGGAAAGAGGUGGCGAUAUUCAGACAUUAUUGAGAGGUGAUCGUGUUGAUAUUCUCGGGAAAGCUAGAAUUGUCAUAGAAGGAAAGUUUAUGCUAUAGAAUUUUGACGGAUUUAAAUAAAAUGCUUUUCCUUUGCCUGUUAGACUCUUAACCAGUGAAUUUCCAGGGUUUUGGACUAGGGAUUCGAUCAUCAGUAUCUAAAUGACCUCCGCGGCAGGUGGGCAGGAAAGUAUUUUACAUCAACCCCAGGCACACUUAUUUUGAAUAAAUGCAUGGCCAUGCUGUGCAUGCAGCU